AUGUCGACUUUGAGAGAGAAGGAGGCAAGGAUCAUCCAUGAGGAUGGCUUCUCUGGAGAAGAUGUGAAGCAGUACAAGCCAGUGGUCUACAGCAACACUAUACAGUCGCUGGCAGCUAUUGUACGUGCCAUGGAUACCUUGGGCAUCGAAUAUGGUGACAAGGAACGAAGGGCUGAUGCCAAGAUGGUCUGCGAUGUUGUAAGUCGGAUGGAGGACACAGAGCCCUUCUCUCCAGAGCUGCUGUCAGCUAUGAUGAGACUCUGGGCAGACUCUGGGAUCCAGGAAUGCUUCAACCGGUCCCGGGAAUAUCAACUCAAUGACUCGGCCCAAUACUACCUAGACAGCUUAGAUCGAAUCGGAGCUGCAGACUACCAGCCCACGGAGCAGGACAUCCUUCGAACCAGGGUCAAAACAACUGGCAUCGUAGAAACCCACUUCACAUUCAAAAACCUCCACUUCAGGCUCUUCGAUGUCGGAGGGCAGCGGUCGGAACGCAAGAAGUGGAUCCACUGCUUUGAGGACGUCACGGCGAUCAUUUUCUGCGUGGCGCUGAGCGGCUACGACCAGGUGCUCCAUGAAGACGAAACCACGAACCGCAUGCACGAAUCUCUCAUGCUCUUCGACUCCAUCUGUAACAACAAAUUCUUCAUUGAUACCUCCAUCAUUCUCUUCCUCAACAAGAAAGACCUAUUUGCCGAGAAGAUCAAAAAGUCCCCCCUGACCAUCUGCUUCCCCGAGUACGCAGGUCCCAACACCUACGAGGAUGCGGCCGCCUACAUCCAAGCACAAUUCGAGAGCAAAAACCGCUCGCCCAACAAGGAGAUUUACUGCCACAUGACGUGCGCCACGGACACGAACAACAUCCAGGUGGUGUUCGACGCCGUCACCGACAUCAUCAUCGCCAACAACCUGCGGGGCUGCGGCUUGUACUGAGCCCUGCCGCGGCUGCGGGCCCCGCGCACCCACCCACACCGCACCACACACACCGAGCGCAACGGGAGAAACAGCGGGACGGAAACAGUCGUAACCAUAAUCAUGCGAGUUGGUAAAUAAAAAGGCGUAAGGAAAUUAUAUAUAUACGUAUAUAUAUAUAUAAAAACAAAGCAAACGAAACAACAAAUCCACCACCACCUUUCUGUUGGUCUCAGAGCCGCGGGCAGGAGGGGGGACCUUCCCACCUGCU